AUGGGCCUGUACAUAGCAGCUUUCCUCCUGGGAGCCUUGAUCUCCACUGUUGGUGGCAAUGACGUGGAAGGCUACUCCAAAACUGAAGGUGCAUGGAUUAUCUCACUGAAUAAACGAACGUAUUCAGUUAACACUGUGGCUGACUGUGCCACCAAAUGUAACACUGAAACAUCUUUCACAUGCAAGUCUUUUAUCUAUAACGAAAAGGACCAAGAGUGUUGGACAACAGCAGCAAACUCUAAAACAGACAAUGUCUUUCGCAGAAGCAGCACAGCUUUAUAUGAAAAAAAUGCAUAUCUUCUGGAGUGUGUAAAUGGAAUAGGAAGAGAUUACAGAGGAACAAAGUCCAGAACAACAACAGGAAAGAUCUGUCAAAGAUGGGACUCAAGCUACCCACACAGGCCAAAUUUCAUGCCGCAGAGCCACCCACAAGCAGAUCUGGACUCCAACUUCUGCAGAAACCCUGAUGGGGACAGCAAUGGACCGUGGUGUUACACUACUGAUACUAACACCCGCUGGGAGCACUGCAACGUACCCAGCUGCUCUGAGGAAUGUAUGGUCUGCAAUGGUGAGAAUUACAGAGGAAAAAUCUCCACCACUGAAAACGGCUUCACCUGCCAACGCUGGGACUCCCAGAAACCUCACAACCAUGGCUACAAUCCUAGCACUCUUCCACAAAAGUAUCUGGAGGAGAACUACUGCAGAAACCCAGAUGGAGAUCCCCGACCAUGGUGCUUCACCACCAGCCCAUCCAAACGGUGGGACUUCUGCUCCAUACCGCGCUGCACUACUGAACCUCCCACCAUCAUCCCAGAGGUGGACUGUGUCACCAAUCAAGGUUUAGCAUACCGAGGGACAAUUGCUGUAACUGAGACUGGCAAAACGUGCCAGAGCUGGUCAGCUCAGACGCCACAAAUACACAACCGAACUCCACAAAACUAUCCCUGCAAAGGUCUAGACAAUAACCACUGUCGCAACCCUGACAAUGAAAGGAGGCCCUGGUGCUACACAACUGACCCUGACACUCGCUGGGAGUACUGCAAUGUGACACGGUGUGGGAAUGAAGCUGCACCAGAUGAUCCAGUGAUCCCCCCAGAUGCAGAAGACUGCUAUGAAGGGAAUGGUUCCAAUUAUCGGGGCAUAACAUCAGAGACCAUCAGCGGGAAAAAAUGUCAGAGAUGGAGCUCCAUGACUCCUCACAGACAUGACAAAACUCCAGAGGUCUUCCCAAAUGCAGACCUCAGAAGAAAUUGGUGCAGGAACCCUGAUGGAGACCAAGCUCCUUGGUGUUACACUACAGACCCCACAGUUCGCUGGGAAUACUGCAACUUGGAGAAAUGCCCUACAAAACCUUCAGGAACCACUCGUCCUCAACCACAAGAGCCCUCCACUAACACCCAGACACCAGCAGAAAGAGACUGCAAGGUUGGAAAUGGAGAAACAUACCGAGGUCCAACUUCUGUUACUGUGCUGGGUGUGACCUGCCAGGCGUGGAGCGCUCAGACUCCUCACGAACACAGCAGCUUCACUCCAGAGACUCACCCCAACAAAGGUCUGGAAGGCAAUAGCUGCAGAAACCCAGACGGUGAUGUGAAUGGACCAUGGUGCUACACUACAGACAGAAACAAAAAAUGGGACUACUGCCAAAUCUCCGACUGUGCUGGACUGGAAUGUGGAACGCCAGUUGUCAAACCAAAACGCUGUUUUGGUCGUAUUGUCGGCGGCUGUGUAUCGAAGCCUCACUCAUGGCCCUGGCAAAUCAGCCUCCGGACCAUUACGGGAAUCCAUUUUUGUGGAGGAACACUGAUCCAUCCUCAGUGGGUCCUGACUGCUACUCACUGCCUUGAGAGGUCAAGCCGCCCUUCAUCCUAUAAGGUACUCCUGGGUGUCCACACAGAACUCGCCAAUGAGCCAUCAAAGCAAGAGAGGAGACUUGAGAAAAUAGUGAAGGAACCAGCUGGAGCAGACAUUGCUUUGCUCAAACUAGAGAGGCCUGUGCUAAUAAACGACAAAGUACAGCCUGCUUGUCUGCCAGAAAAGGACUACAUAGUGCCCAGUGGAACAGAGUGUUAUGUUACUGGAUGGGGAGAGACUCAAGGUACGGGAGGUGACGGCACCCUUAAGGAAGCUGGUUUCCCUGUGAUUGAGAAUAGGGUCUGCAAUCGCCCAGCAUACCUGAACGGCAGAGUCAAAGAUCAUGAGAUGUGUGCUGGAAAUAUCGAGGGAGGAACAGACAGCUGCCAGGGUGACAGCGGUGGUCCUCUGGUGUGUUAUGCGCAAAACAGGUUUGUCUUGCAGGGUGUCACAUCGUGGGGUCUGGGCUGUGCCAAUGCCAUGAAACCUGGCGUCUACGCUCGAGUGUCUAAGUUUGUGGACUGGAUAGACAGAACCAUCAAAACCAACUAA